AUGCAGGAGAGUACGCACUCGGAUCCUAGGAGCAGCUUGAACUGGGGGGAAGACGGGAAAAACGAUGGUCGGGGCCCACGCUACUCCACCAUGCACUCGAGAACGCAUCUCUGCUACGAUUCCCGUAGGACUCGUAGCUGCAUUGGUAGAAGAAGACGCCAACGCAUCGCCACCGCUGCCAACACCCCAACCACUCCUAAGAUGAGCAACGCACCGACUCUGCUUGAGUCGUCGCUGGGAACACGUCAUACUGGUGGUAGAAACGAAGAGGCCGAUGGGACCGGGAAGGCUCCUGAUGUCUCUCCUUGGAUGGAGUGCCAUUGCACCAUCUCUCUACCGCGAAGGCAGAGGUCACAAAGACGUCUCCUGGUCUGUGAAUGCGGGUACAGCACAACAGUAGUUCACGGCGAAUAA